AAGCCUCUCCCGGAGUAGAGCUGUGGCUGCUGCAGCUAUCACGUUUCUAGCAGUAGCUUUAUCUAGAACUUUCCUGUCACUUCGCGGACUUUCUCUACAGCAAAACCAUGGCAACUGAAAGCCGCUUUUGCGAUAGCUUCAUUGAUGAAGAUCCCCUGAAAGCUCUGGAGGCACUUAAUGAGGCCUUGCAAGGAGACUCCGAUAACGCUGAGUGGUUUUGCCAGCGUGCCUAUGCUCACAUACUUCUUAAAAACUAUAGCUGUGCUGCUGAUGAUGCCAAGAAAGCACAACAGCUAAAACCCAGUCUUCCUCUUGCAUUCAUGCGAACAGGAAUAGCAGAGUACCACCUGAACCACUAUGAGUCAGCAUAUGCAGCAUUCACUCAGGGACACCAACUGGAUGUUUCUGACAACUCAUUUGAGAUCUGGAUCAGACGAUGUGAGGAGAUGAUGGCAGAACAGACACAGAACAGCAGCAUCAGCAGGACACCAGCGGCCCCACUUGUGAAACAUGACUGGUACCAAACAGAUUCUCAAGUCAUUGUCACAGUCAUGAUGAAAAACGUACCCAAGGAUGGGAUGUGUGUCAGCUUCACGGAAAAAGAGCUCGAUGCCACAAUACAGCUGGUAUCAGGAGAGAGCUACAGCCUCCACCUCCACCUCCUGCACCCCAUCGUCCCACAGCAGAGCAGCUUCAAGGUCCUCACCACCAAGGUGGAGAUCAAGAUGAAGAAGACGGACGCCACCAGAUGGGAGACGCUGGAGGGAGAGGGACAGGAGUCCAACAUCAAACACUUCAAUCCACAUCAGUACCCGUCAUCGUCCCACUACACCCGCAAAUGGGACAAAAUGGUGGUGGACAUCAACGAGGAGGAGAAAAAUGAGAAGCUAGAGGGAGACGCGGCGCUCAACAAGCUCUUCCAGCAGAUCUACUCAGACGGCUCAGACGAGGUCAAGCGAGCCAUGAACAAGUCCUUUAUGGAGUCAGGUGGUACGGUCCUGAGUACCAACUGGAAAGAUGUGGGCAAGAGAAAAGUAGAAGUGAGCCCCCCGGAAGACGUAGAUUUCAAGAAGUGCUGAGCACCUCCCUCUGUCGCUGCUCUCUCCUUUUUUCCCUCUGUUUGACAUCAUCUCUCUUCAUAUUUGCUGAGCUCCAGCAGGAGCGUUCGUCGCUCUGCAGUCUGCACGCCUGUCCACUUCCUCAUCUCCCCACCCGUUCGUUGUGUUGUUGCCCUGGUGUUCUCACUCUGCCUUGAUGCAUGGAGCCUCAGUGUUCCACCUUCACUGACCAAACCACACAUGGCCUACAUUUUGGGAUAGUUUACUACCAGAUGGAGCCGAGUCUUUUAAAUAAUAUGUUGAAUGGAUUUCUUUACUUGAAGUGUUUUUUUAAAAGCCUGUUUGAAUUAAAAUGUGACAGACUUGAAAUGC